AUGACGCAACCAAAUAUCACCCUCUACACGACCCAGACCCCCAAUGGGAUCAAAAUCUCCAUCGCGCUAGAGGAGCUUGGCCUGCCAUACAAGGUCGAGAAGAUUGACAUCUCGAAGAACACUCAAAAGGAAGACUGGUUCCUAAAGAUCAACCCCAAUGGCCGCAUCCCUGCCUUGACAGACACCUUCAGCGAUGGCCAGGAGAUCCGACUAUUUGAGUCUGGCAGCAUUCUGGAAUACCUGGCAGAACAGUACGACACAGAUUACAAGAUCUCAUUCCCCAAGGGCACGCGGGAAUACUACGAGAUGAAGAGCUGGCUGUACUUCCAGAAUGCGGGACUAGGACCCAUGCAAGGACAAGCCAACCACUUCUCGCGGUACGCGCCCGAGCGCAUUGAGUACGGCGUGAACCGAUACGUCAAUGAGUCGCGCCGAUUGUAUGGUGUUUUGGACAAGCACCUCGCUGAGUCCAAGUCUGGUUAUAUUGUCGGUGACCAUGUUUCUAUCGCCGAUAUCUCACACUGGGGAUGGGUCGCUGCUGCCGGAUGGGCCGGUAUCGAUAUUGACGAGUUCCCGAAUGUUAAGGCCUGGGAGGAGCUUAUGGCCCAGCGACCAGGCACUGAGAAGGGUCGUCAUGUCCCUGCUCCUCAUACCAUUAAAGAACUCAUCAAGGAUAAGGCGGCUGUGGAUAAAGCGGCUGCUGAAGCCAGGUCUUGGAUUCAACAGGGGAUGCAAGCCGAUGCCAAAGGCAAAGUUUAA